CCAAAUUUGAUGUGAUGUUUGAAAUAUUCGAAAAACGAAACACGAGUUGCCAAACGGCACCAUGGCAGAGUAAUACGAAGUGAUGUAUUUUUUCUCGUUCCCUCGAAACAGAUCGAUAGACACGCCGCCGCUGCCACCCACACAGCAUGGAUCCAUCGGUGUUGUCCCUCGUGGAGAAUUCGAUAGCCUUUGUUCCGCUGGAGGGAAAGGACGAGUGGGACGUUCUGGUAGCGUCGCCGACGACGACGACGUCGCCGCGCAAGCCACCGAACGGGCCGGGCGGAUCCUCCCCCUCCCACGCGGUGGUCUAUCCCACCGCGGGCGGCCUCCGCAAGGCCUGCCUGGCGGAGGUGGCACGGUCGCCGGGCCAGCGCCGCAAGGCGACCCUGGUGGCCGCCCUCGAAAAGUGGAUCCUGCAGAACCAAAAGGCCGUUUCCAGGCCGAAAGCGAAACGGGCCGGGGCGGGAGGAGCACCACCACAAGAACCUCCCAAGAGCUCCCCCGUGCGGCUCCUCGCCAUCGGCGGGCCCGGGGGACAAGAUCCCCAUCCCGAGGCGGUCCUGGACCGCUACGCGGAGGCGGUGGCGGCCGGCAGCAGCGGCGAACCGCCAGGGGGAAGCGGUGGGCCCCCCGACGGUAAGCAACCCCCGCCGGCCCCCCUGGGCUGCGCCCUGGCGAGGGGACCGAUGGAUCCCUCCGGCUCCCUGGUCCUGCGCUGCCACAGGACGCUGGUCGACGGAACCGUCGGGAGGGGGACGCCCAAGACGAGGCACCGGACCGGGCCUCGAGUUCUCCGACCGACCGGAGACAACGACAAGAAGAAGGACCACGACGACGCGGUCCUCCGCUGCGCUUCGGCCCUCUACCACCGGAUCUGGUGCGUUCGGACCCUUCGGAAGCGGGACCUGCGGCGGGCCUACGGAUUCGCCCUGGAAGCGGCGCCGGCGGCGGCCUCCCACGGCAGCGGCGAUGCAGCGGUGGCGCUAUCGGUGACCCUGAUGAUGCUGGAAAAGCCCUCCUGGUCGGCCGCCAAAACGGAAAGAACUUUCGAAACCCCGCGACGGCCCGCUUCAAGGAUCGGGGGACGGUACCCCCUCUACCUCUACACCCGGCACUACCACCUGCCGAAGGCUUCCGGUUCCGGCCCGUGCUCUCCGGAAUCCGUCCUGGGAGACCUGGCGGCCUUUCUCUAUGUUUCCUCGGCGGUGCUCCCGUGCCCCUGCCGGGACACGCCACCCCUCCGGGAGGCCUGGAGGAGCUCCCCCGGGUGCAUGCUGCUGCCGGACCAGGGGCCCGGGGCAAGCCCCUCUUCCGUCCUCCCGGGAACCGGAGGGGCGGGGGGCCGCUUCUCCGUGGCGCCCACCAUUACCGGCUCGCUGGUCGUUCGCUGCGAGGGGGCCGAAGCCGUCGGGGAGCUCCUGCGGUCGCUCCGGCCCGGGUCCCUUCCGGCGUACGGCCGCGAGGAGACCGAAGAGACCGAGCGGAUGCGGGCCCUCGCGGCCGCCGUUGCUUCCGCCGCGGAAGAAGGCGGGGACGGGGUCUGGUACGCCAAGUACAAGACCCCGGCCCUCGGGGCCUUCUGGGACCUCUCCCGGUCGGCCAUCAACGGUCCCCGGGGCGGCCUGCUCGGGAGGAGAACACGCUCCCUCCCGGCCUGCGCGAGGGACUGGCUCUGGCUCCACCCGGUGGACAGCAGCGUGGGGCCGAGGUGCUCCGUCACCGUCACGAGGUCCGCCGGCCUUCCGCUCCGGGGAUCGCUGGGGAAGACCGUCCCCUGGCGGGAGUUCCUGCGGCUCUUUCGCGGCCUGGCGGAGUCGGUCCUCGGGGUCCAGUCCGCUUCCGGGGGGCUGGUCCACGGGGACGUCCACGAGGGGAACCUGCUGUACCUCGGCGGGGCCAAACACGCCGCCGAACGCGCCCCCCGGCUGGUCCUGAUCGAUUGGGACGAGGCCACGAGGGGCAAGCCCUGCCACCGGGCCACCCGCACCGACGAGGAGAGGCUCCGGUACCCGGGCUGCCUCGUCGAUUUUCCCGAGCAGUACACGAAGCAGCAGCUCCUCUGCCUGUUUCGGGCGCUGGCAUCGGCCUACUACCCCUCCGAGGCGGAGGGUUGGGACGAUCGGUUCCCCCUUACCGGGCCGGACCGGGGGGGGACAAGCGGCGGGAGCCCUCCGGGCCGAGCGGCCGUGGAAGACCGGUUUCGGGCCCUCCUGCGAGGCCUAGCGAGCGGGCAGUGAGGGCUAUGGUGGUGGCGCGGCCCGUGGGGAGCGACCGCCUUUUUCGCUCGGUGCGACGGGUUUCUUCCGUGGCUGGCUCGAAGGGUGGGUGGUGUUGCUCGUCGGAAGCGACACCAAUGACAGAAUGCAUGUGGUACCUUACUAGAAGAGACUUCCUGGGGAAAAAAUGAAAACAUUUAUG